CGAAUCAAGAGAGGCAAAUCGUCUGCUUGCUUGAAGCGCAACAUGUCAAACUGUUUAGAUGUAAACGCUUUUUAACCAAACUUCUGUUAGGUGUUUAACCGUUUUUGAGUGUAACGUUCUGUUAUGAUCUAGAAAUAAAAAAGAUGAAGAUUGCAGUCGAAGGCUGUUGUCAUGGAGAGCUGGAUAAGAUUUAUGAAAGCAUCAGUUACCUGGAGAAUAAAGAAGGUGUUAAAGUAGAUCUGCUCCUCUGCUGCGGAGAUUUCCAGGCCGUCAGAAAUGAAGGGGAUAUGAAGUGCAUGGCGGUGCCUCCCAAAUAUAGACAAAUGCAAACUUUUUACAAGUACUACUCUGGUGAAAAGAAGGCCCCUGUUCUGACGAUUUUCAUUGGUGGAAACCACGAAGCAUCAAACUAUCUCCAGGAGCUUCAUUAUGGAGGGUGGGUGGCCCCUAACAUCUAUUACAUGGGUUAUGCUGGUGUUGUACGCUUCAGAGGUGUACGGAUUGGUGGUCUUUCUGGAAUCUUUAAAUCUCAUGAUUACAAAAAAGGACACUUUGAGUUCCCACCAUACAACCAAGACACAUUGCGCAGUGUGUACCAUAUAAGGAAUGUAGAUGUCUUCAAGCUUAAACAGAUCAAAAUGCCUUUAGAUGUGUUCAUGACGCAUGACUGGCCACGUGGCAUAUAUAACUACGGAAACACAAACCAGCUUCUGCACAAGAAGAAGUUUCUCAGGCAGGAAGUAGAGAGUGGGAUCCUGGGCAGCCCUGCUGCCGCAGAACUCCUAGAACACCUGCAGCCCAGCUACUGGUUCUCAGCUCACCUGCACGUGAAGUUUGCUGCAGUGAUGCAGCACCAGGCAAAGAAUAAUGCCUCCCCAAAGGUCACCAAGUUUCUUUCACUUGACAAGUGUCUUCCACACAGAGAUUUCCUUCAGAUUGUGGAGGUACCAGAUAGACCGGGGUCAUCGCAGAACCUUGAGUAUGAUCCGGAGUGGCUUGCCAUCUUGAAAGCAACAGACAGCCUUCAAAAACCUUCAUGCAACUUCUGGAAUCCCCCACAGGAUAACGGUCUACACACCCGGUGGGAUUUCAGUGCAUCACAAGAAGCAAUGAUGGAGGUUGUGAGUGAUUUGAGUGGUGACCUCUGCAUUCCUGAAAACUUCAGUCUGACAGUGCCCGCCUAUGACCCCAACCGUCCUCAGCCCAAUGCCCACCCGAACUUCUGCACCAAUCCCCAAACCACAGAGCUGUGUGCCACUCUCGGGCUGACUGACAAAUAUGCCCUGGCUGGCCAGGGUGCUCAGAAUUACAGGGUGGAGGGUGCAACGGAAGAGGAGGAGGACGAGGACAACCAGAGCACGGGUAGCACAGAUGAACCCAGUGAAUAUCCCACUGACACCUCCGUCCUUUCCAGCUCUUACAACCCUGAUGAAAUCACCAUCGAGGAUGAAUGGGAGGAAGAGGAGGAGGGGGUAGGGUGUGCUGAGGAGAAAGGGACUGAUGCGGUGGUUCCAGAAGGGCAGGUCGGGGGCCAGGACAGCGAUCGAGACAGCAGCCCUUCGCGAGAGACCGCAAGCAGGCUUGUCCUACCACCACCGCGUGCUACACCGGAGACGGAGGCUCCUAGACGCUCCUCACUGUCUCUUUUACUUCCCCCUCCCUCUAGCUCUCUGUCCACCUCAGAAUCUCUCUCUCAGGGCAGCUCGGAGGAGGAGGGUAGCCUCACUCUAGCCAGGGUUCCCAAACGCACCAGCGGGGAGACACAGGGGUUACCGAUUCACUCAGGUGGCACACCUCAAAUCAAACGAAGAAACCAGAGUAUCUAUACCGCUGUAGAGGAUGAAGAGAGUGAGGGGUAGACCAGUGUAAUGCUUUAAUUUUUGUCAUGAAAUUAACACUAGACAAAGAAUUGUCUAAGAUUUAAAGGCAUAGUUCAUCUCAAGUCUCUGUUAUCAUUCACUUGCCCUUCCUGAAUCUUCACACAAAAUAUAUUUAGCAGAAUGUCUAAAUUUGUAAUUUCCCUUUUAAGUGGGAGAAAGAGGGGACCUAUGGUCACCAUUCACUUUCAUUGAAUAGAAAAUUAGCAGAUCCGACAUUUUUAAGAUCUCCUUCCAUUCCACAGAAGGUAUAAAGUAAUAUAGUCAGAAGAACACAAGGAUGAGGGAAUUACAACAUAUUUUAUUUUAAUCCCUGGUUUGUCAUCCCUUUUUAUUUCUUUUUGAGUUGCAAAGUUUCGUUUUCUAAAUUUUUCCUGUAUGUUCAUAUGCCAUGAGUUGUUAAAAGUUUUUAUCUUGGAUUUAUUUGUUUCUCCUUUAUGAUGGGUUUUAAUUUUUUUCUGUAAAAAGUAACCGCAGUUGUUUUCAUAUCUCAACAAUUCUUUUAUUAGUGUUGUGGUGAUUCACUUGUCCGUUGUUACUAUUCUGAGCUCAGAAAUAUGAUUUUGAUGUUUUUAUGUUGAAAUUUCAAUAUUACACUAUAAAUAAACAGUUUGUAGGCUGA